AUGAAGGUCAUGCUGGAGGGGAAAAGGAGGGAGGGGGAAGCUGAGCCCAACCCCACACAGCACUGCCAAGGCGCAGCUGGUGACAGCCGCCUCAGCCCAGACGUGGGUGAGCUGUUGCUGCGCAGCCUCUGCCCCGCGCUCCACGCCGUGCUGGAGGAUGGGCUCAAGCCCUUCCAGAAGGAUGUCAUCACAGGCCAGAGGAGAAACUCCCCUUGGAGCGUGGUGGAAGCCCUCCAGGCGCCUUGCAGCCGCUCUCUGCACUCGCUCUGCUGCCACGUGGCUGGGCUGACCCCUCUCAGCAGCACCAGGCAGAAGUUUCACGCCUUCAUCCUCGGCCUGUUGAACACGAAGCAGCUGGAGCUGUGGAUCUGUCACCUGCAGAAGAGCCCAGGUGUCGUCUCCCUGCUGUAUUCACCCACCUUCUUUGCCCUGAGCCAAGGGCCUCUUCCCCAGCUGGCUGAUGAACUGCUGCUGCUCCUCCAGCCCCUCUCAGUGCUGACUUUUCACCUCGACCUCCUCUUUGAACACCAUCACCUCUCUGUGGAUGUCAGGCCCUUGUCCCGGCGCCUGGACUCACCCCCUGGCUCUUGCCCACGGGCACAGGGAGCUCUGGAGCCGUCUCUGGAGAGCCAAAGCGACCCCACAGGGGCAAAACCUGAGGAUGAGCUUCCCCCUGAUGCCCUGGGACGAGCAGCUGGUGCUGAGGGCAAGCAAGGUCCUUGUCCCAAGCAGGGCUGAGCCCUGGGCCCCCAGGUGGGGGCUGUGCUGCACGAGACCCUCCAGCACGUUCUGCGGUGGGGUGACCAGCUCAGUCGUGCUCUGCUGAGAGCUGAAAGCUCCCAGGAGACCUGCAGGUCCCAGGCAGAUCCUCAGGACACUGGGCCUUGGCCUAGUGCUUGGUGGGGCCAGUUGAGUCAAGCCUCCAGGAUUGAUGGUGCUCGCAAGGAGAAAAGCCCCUGUGUGUGGUGGACAAAGCUGUGGGCAGCUGCAGGGGAUUCCAGCCCUGGCCAGGCUCCACGAUCCCAAACAGCCAUCAACGAGCUCAGAGGCACAGAGCUGCAGCUCCUCCAGACCAAAGCUCCCCCUCAACUCUCCAACUCGAAGCUCAGCAGCAGUUCUGACACCUCUGGGACCUCUUCACCUGAAGACCUGACUCUGCUUGCUGAGGCUGGAGCACCCACCCAGCUGGAUGAUCCUGGAGACAAAGUCCUGGCUGUUCCCCCAGAGCCUCGUGGCAGUGGGAGUGGGGCAGCACCUCCUGAGGCAGAGGCACAUGGUCCUGCUGCUCCUGCCAAGGGCAGCUGGCUGGGUGGUCUCUUUGGGGCCACCAACCCCUCUGCCAGUCCUGCCACCGUCUCAGCCAGGUCCAGGAGACCUUCCAGCUGGUUGUCCCCCAGCACACGUGUCCUGGCCAUGAUGGUGAAGGGAUUGAUCCCUGAGAAGACCCAGGUUCAAGGAGAAGCAGAGAAGAACCCCCCUGAGCCACCCCAGACCCACAGGGCAGUUCGGGCUCUGUGUGACCACACAGGCACUGCUGAUGGGCACCUCAGCUUCCAAAAAGGAGACAUCCUGCAGCUGCUCUCCACUGUGGAUGAAGACUGGAUCUGUUGCUGCCAUGGAAACAGCACUGGCCUGGUUCCUGUUGGUUACACCUCCCUCAUUUUGUGAGGAGGAGGAGGAGGAGGAUGGGACCUGAGGAAGCAGCUGAGUUUGCACCACCUCUGCAAAGGACCAUCUCCUGCCAAGGCUUCACCACCCUCAGGACUUCAUCACCACCAGGGUUUCACCACUGCCAGGGUUUCACCACAACCAGGGAUGGCACUUCUGGAGGGGACCUGCCCCUGGUGCCCUUUGCUGCUGUUGCAUUGAGGUGGGUGCAGCCCUUUGAGCCCCACAGACCCUUUGGCACCUCACUGUGGGACCUGCUCUUGCUCCUGUCUCCUCAGCUGCUGCCCACAGCUGUGCCAAGGAAGGGUCCUGUCCCUGCCCAGUGCUCACAGUCCUGUGUGUCACCUCCAUGCUGUCAUGUCCUGCCACUGCCACCACCUCCACGUGCCCAGGCCACAGUUGCUGCUGCACAGUCCCAACACUCUGUAAAUAGUUGUAACCACAGGAAUGAGCUUCCCCAGAGGGAAAGAGCUGCAAAUA